UAUAGGGGCUGAAGCCUGGAGCUCAAAGCGCGAAGUCAGCCAGUGUAAUGAACUUCUGGAAACCUUUCCCUUUUUAUACCAUUCAGUUUCUGAGAGGCAGAGACUGCCUCCUCUGACGCCUUUUCCCCCCUUCCAUUAUUUUUCCAGGCUCUGAUCUCCCUGCUCGUUGCACCGAGGCGCUCGACGCAGAGCCCCGCUCCCCAUCCUACCUUCUCUUUCGCCUCAUUGUUGUCCUGGCUGCUGUGGCUCUCGCUUGCCUUCCAGGAGCGCAGUGGCCAUCACAGUCGCACCCCCUGCACCCUCCCGGGGUCCCGAGAGCAUCUGCUCGCAGGGGGGCAGCGAGCGGCCGCCGACUUUGGGUCGCUUCGUUGCUAUUUUUCUUUGCCUUAUUUUCGGCUUUCCUUUUUUUUUUUUUUUUUUUUUUUCUCCCCCUUUUUUUUUUUUUUUUUUUCUCCUUUUCCCCUCGCCGCGUCCCCGCAGCGUGUCCCCGUCCCUCGGGAGGACAUUGCCGGGGAGCGGGGCCUCGGCGACGAUGUGCCGGCCCCAGCGGCGGAGCCAGCAGUGAGCGCCCAAGGGAGGCACCUGCCCCGCGGAGCAGGGGGCGCUCCGGGGGGGCCGCACCGCCUCGCCCCGGCGCCGACGCUUCACCCCGAGUUUAACGACUCCCGGGGGCUUCGAGCAUGAGCAAGCCGGCGGGAUCAACAAGUCGCAUCUUAGACAUCCCUUGCAAAGUGUGUGGGGACCGCAGCUCCGGGAAGCACUAUGGGGUGUAUGCCUGCGAUGGGUGCUCGGGAUUUUUCAAGCGGAGCAUCAGGAGGAACAGGACCUAUGUUUGCAAAUCAGGAAAUCAGGGAGGCUGUCCGGUGGACAAGACGCACAGGAACCAGUGCCGAGCCUGCCGGCUGAAGAAGUGCUUGGAGGUCAACAUGAACAAAGAUGCGGUGCAGCACGAGCGGGGCCCCCGGACGUCGACAAUACGGAAGCAGGUGGCCCUCUACUUUCGCGGGCACAAGGAGGAGAGCGGCGGCACCCCACACUUCCCCACCGCUGCCCUGCCAGCACCCGCCUUCUUCACCGCCGUCUCCCAGCUGGAGCCCCAUGGCCUGGAGCUGGCCACCGUCACUGGCACUCCAGAGAGACAGGCUCUGGUGGGCCUGGCACAGCCCACCCCAAAGUACCCACAUGAAGUCAACGGUACCCCUAUGUACCUCUACGAAGUGGCCACUGAAUCCGUCUGCGAGUCAGCAGCCAGACUUCUGUUCAUGAGCAUCAAGUGGGCCAAGAGUGUCCCAGCCUUCUCCACCUUGUCCUUACAAGACCAGCUGAUGCUUUUGGAAGAUGCUUGGAGAGAACUGUUUGUUCUAGGAAUAGCACAAUGGGCCAUUCCAGUUGAUGCUAACACUCUACUGGCUGUAUCUGGCAUGAAUGGUGACAAUACAGAUUCUCAGAAGCUGAAUAAAAUUAUUUCAGAAAUACAGGCUUUACAGGAGGUUGUGGCUAGAUUUAGACAACUUCGGCUAGAUGCUACUGAAUUUGCCUGUCUCAAAUGCAUCGUCACUUUCAAAGCUGUGCCCACACACAGUGGUUCUGAACUGAGGAGUUUCCGAAAUGCUGCUGCCAUAGCAGCCCUUCAAGAUGAAGCCCAGCUCACUCUGAACAGCUACAUUCAUACCAGGUAUCCCACACAACCCUGUCGUUUUGGGAAACUUUUAUUGCUUUUACCAGCUUUACGUUCAAUUAGUCCAUCUACAAUAGAAGAAGUGUUUUUCAAAAAGACCAUUGGGAAUGUACCAAUUACAAGACUGCUUUCAGAUAUGUACAAAUCCAGCGACAUAUAAAUUACCUUAAAAUAAACAAUCAGGAUGGACAGUUUGAGAAGAACUUUUAUCUAUGGAGAAUAAGCCUCAACUAACAAAAUCUACAGGAAGCAUAAGCCUGGGAAUGUUUAGCCCUUAAACUCAUUGACAAAAACCACCCCAGUAGAUAUGAUUCUGCUGCUCUGAACAGAGUGAUUUAGAUCAUGGAGAGAAUGCUUUGUUCUACAGAAAAAGUGAAAGUGGUUGGAAUUUGGCUGCUAUUCCUGUUACUACAGGAUGGAGGCAAUUCAGAUGCCAGUCAUAGUUAACAAAGACUCUGCUAUUCUCUCAUUUAACUGGCAGAUCUGAGACAAAAUGUGAAAGAAGGUACUUUAGUUUGUUCAGUAUUUGGAACUGAGUGACCAAACUUGGCUUCUGUUGUAACACAAGAUGUGGUGGCCUUCAGAAUUGUUUUAAAAGUAGCCUAUGUUGGGAAAAUGUUUUUAAUACGAUAGGCAACAUUUAAGACCAGGUUACCAAAACAUUGCUUCUGCUAUAAUACAUCAUGAAGUGGCCUUCAGAACUGAUUAAAAAGUAGCUUACGAUGGGAGCUCCAUUCUUCCUACAAAAUGAACCGGUGAUCUUUGACGCGGAUGUCACGAUUUGUUCAGUUAACAUCUCAAAGACACAAGAGCUUUAUAAACUUCCUCCCCAAACUUCCCUCCUUCUUCUUCCACACACACAGACACACAUUCACACCCACCCACCCCUGAAAAGAUACAAGUCAAGAAAGGAAGACUAAAACAGCAAAACCAAAUACAAUGGAGAUGACCGCUUCAGUGACCUGCUGGCUGUCCCGUUGGCACAGUGCUGAAACCAAAGGCAACGGUGGCCAAACUCUUUGUCGAUGAGAUGUGUGGAGAAAUGAAAUGACUAUUAAAAAAUCAAUGGAAGGAAUUUUAUUUCAAAGAAAUAAAAGUUGUUGACUGAUACAAUGCUAACAAUUUCCAAAAAUCUCCAUUGCCUUUUUAGAAUACUCCAGGUUCUAAUUUUGAAGCCUUGUUCACCUAUACCCUCUCACACACAAAAACGUUAUAAGCUGCUUAUUUGAUGUAUGAAAAAUGUAGAAAAAAAAACAUUUAAAGAUAGCUGCUGUACUUUUCAAAAUUUGUUAUUAGGAACUAGCACUGAGAAAGAUCAGCACUUGGACUAUCAUAGAAUGAGUAAAACUUUUCCUGUACAAAGUGGAUUAACCGAUUUGUGAAGUUAAAAAGUUGUACUCAUUGUAUUUACAAAGAAUAAAAAUAUAUUGAAUUUAAA